AUGGCUCAAACGUUUGGUCGAUUCAAGCUUUACUCGGAUCCAGGCAUUAUAAUCGACACAAACAAAGGGAAAAUAGCCAACCCCCGGACUUUGCAGAAUGAGGCAUUUGAGCAAUGCGGCGCCCUAGCUGGAGACUUCAAAAGGAUCACCGCCCAACUCAAACAUCCCAUGGAAAUCCAGAUUGACGACUACAAAUACUACUUUCCGGGACUGGAAUUGUACAAAGCCGAAUUCAAGUGUUGCAGAUGCAAUGAGGAUUAUUUUAAAACUACAAAGAGUGGUGGAAAGCACUUGAAAAGCUGUACUGGCUCGGGGCGGGCGCGAAUUGUACGAGGUGACUUUGAAGUGCAGCUACAAUGGGCCACAACUGUUGCUUUUGCUUCACAAAGACGCAAGUAUUUUGUCGUUAACAAGGCUAAAAAAGUCUAUGAAGGGCCCCAGUUCAUGUCUGCCCAUGCUAUGGAACUUGCCGCUCAAGACAAUAAUGCAGUCCAAGCCUUUCUGCCAAACGAAAGGGAUAUCCCAGACGAAGACGAGUUCUAUUCCGAAAGUGAGCUUUUUACUGAUUGGCCCUACAAAAGCGAGACGCCGUUUUUAAUGACAACCCCACGGUAUGCAGAACAGUUUGGAUUCAGAACGUUUAUCACGGACAAGAGCUUUAUAUUCAAACACAUUCGUCAAAACCAUCAAGAGUCAAUAGGUGGAGUAUCCGCAGAGUAUGCGCUAAUUGUCCAUAUUGUGACUCGUGCUCUGGGGCGCGAUGAGAAUCUACUUCAGAGGUUCAGGGAAACAGACCUCGAGGUGCUAUAUGAGCAUACAUGUACUCAAGCUUGGGAUGGACAAUACUUUGACAAAGAGGCCAACCAGAAAUGUAUCUCCACUAUUGCACAACUUUUGUACACGCUUUGCUCGCUCACACACUAUGAAUGGAUUGAGUGGAGACGUGAAAGUAUCGAGUCACUGGAUCUGAUCAAAUCGUGGAUCAAGAAACGUAUUCUAAAAUUUUCUGACUGGUCUCUGGAUGAAGAUUUAGUUUACUCGGUGCUCAAUCUGGACAAUAACGGUCCCCCGGACGUCAUACUAGACUCUGUGCGGAAUUUGUUUGUUGGUCUCGUGCGACAGGGGACUCCUAGCCUAAGCCAUCCGAUUUUGGCGGCGUUUAGUCCAUUCGUUUAUGAUUUUCAGUACAAUGCCUUCAAGACCAACUCGAUGCUUUUAGAGUCUUUGGAACAUGUUCUCUACGGCCUACGGUAUUUCCUUGCCACCUCGGCGGCAAGGAUACCCGCAUCAAGCAUUGAGAAAACUUUCAGGCAAUACGACGAAGGCACAACGGCUGUGUUUGGAUAUUUAAUGAGUCUUCUUGGGGAAGUUCAGAACGAGAAUGCGCAACAGACUGCUGAACUUUUCUAUAUCCAAAGUUUUUAA